GCUUCACAGCCGCUCUCUUCUCACAGCAGUGGAUGAAUGUUCGCGGGGGAUGUAAAGUGUCACGCAGGGAAAACAUGGCGUGGAUUCUGAUCGUGCUCAUCUCUAUGUGGAUGUACCUGGUGAAGAUGUCUCCGCCCCUCUAUGACGCAGAGGAGAACGGUGACAUCACCAUCGGAUGGGACUUUCAGACCACAGCCGACAUGACUCGCAGCAACAUGGUUUGUUUUCUCCAGUCGGAGCCUCUGAAGCUUUUCUAUCAGAUGAUAAAGGGCGUCGAGGCUCCGGAGUCUCAGCAUCAGCAGUUUGCAGGACGGGUUCAGUGCGACGGAGACGCUCUCAGAGACGCACGAGUCAGACUCCACGUGUCCGCAGUCACAGCCGAAGACUCUGGAAACUACAGGUGUGAUCUGGCUGCUGCUUACGACAAAACCACGAGGCGGUGGGAGCUGGAGGCCUCUGAGGAGUUUGUCUUGAGUGUAAACCAAAAGAACGUCAACACACCUGGCCGGACAACUACUCCAGGUGCUAAGCAACCAGCAGGAGCCCCAGAGCAGGGACGAGACAGAUGCAAGACACCAAGCAGAGUUGGACCGUACCUGGCAGCUGUAGCUCUUAUAGUGCUAGUCGCCUACGCCGUGUAUCUGGUGGCUGAAGCGACGCCGUGUCUCGCAGCACUGGUUGGUUGACGUCUACAACAUGAAGGUGGAGCGAUGUCUUGUGUCAUCGAAGGUCAGACGAAGGAGGGAAGCUGCUUCAUUUCACCUCAGGUGCAAGGAGAUCAUGUGACUUCUUAGACCGAUCAAAGCCCAGACGCACCGGCGUGUUGUGGUCCAUGUGUGAGGGUUUCACUUCACAGAGAAGGCCAAAGAUAACCGGAACAUCUGGACAGAAUAUCUUCACAUCUGGUGCAAACAUUCCCCCGGGCUCAAGGAUGAACUAGUUAGGUUUUGGUGGUCAAAGGUCAAAGGUCACGGUUUUUGGCCAUAACUCAGGAAUUCACCUGCUAAUUAACUGUAAGUGGACCGGCUGGCAGACGCAUUCAUCUGGUCCAGAUGUUUAACUCUCAGGUUGUGUGUUUGUUAUAUUUAUUAUAUACAUUUUCUACCUUCCACUGAUUUCACGUAGAGCAAUAUUACACAGGUACGCUGUCACGCUUCUUCCUUUAUAGACAGUAUGAAAGCAGGUGGAAGAAGCUUCACUUCCAACAUUAGUAAAGCAGCUUUUCACUGCUGCAUCUGUUCCAGCUGAAGCUCGUUUGAACUACGUCUCUUUAAGGUGCUUUAGUCCAGAGGUUCCCGAGGCGUCAGGCCACUGUGUGGUUGUAAAGUGUGUUGGUGUCUACUCCAGUUUACAACAGUGUUUUAAUGACAUGUAAUAAAACACUGACUGGAUUUCCUCAGUGAGUCUGAGACACGGAGCAAAGCUGAAGAGCAGCAGCUUAAAGUGGAAAUGACACGAUCACAAACACAAGUGUAGCAUGUGACUUUAACAUUUUUAAUAUGUGUACAUGAAUGUGUGUGAUGUGUUUUCUGUGUGUUAACAUUAUAUAUUUCAUUUAUUUAGUUUAUUAGAGUUUAAGUUUGUUAAAACAACAUAAAAAACUCAUGUCCGACUUCACACUCUGGGAAAGUGUCUCAGACUUUUGGACUCUACUGUUUAUAACAUCAAAUAUACAGACAAGCUGUGGGAUGGAUAUAUAUUUAUACACAUGUCAAUAAUUAAAUCAUACAUAAAUGAAUGUAUACAUUUGUAUAAGCUAGAUAUAUAUAUAUGUCAAUAAAUUAAAUUGUUCCAAUUUCUAACAGGUUUCAUAU